CCCAACCGGAAACAGGAAGCGCCGUCAACGUCUACGUACGAAAUUCAAACUUGUGAAACAAAACAUCUUUACAGACGCUGCUCUAUGUGGCAGCCGACUGAGCUGCUUUUACCCUUUAACUCUCCGCUUUUAAUUGCACAGUUCGAGUGUUGUUAAGUGAAGUCGUGCUAUUGCGACACUGAGUUACUUUUAUUGAUUUUAGCACAUUCGGGACUUGUUUGCCAGUAGUUUGUAGGUAGUUGUUAGCGGAGUUAGCUACCAUAGCUACGGAGGUGUUAGCCAUUGGGUCGUGGCUGAUAAUCUGUUUUCCGCUGGGUUUGCGUGUUCUGAGACAACGUCUGUUGAAAGAAGGUAUCUGUCACCCUGAAGAGGUUUGUCAUCGUCGGGUUAAGGCAGAAUGCCCGUAGAACGGACGGAGCACCGCGGGGCCGACGAGCUCCACAGGUACUAUGAGGUUUAUGAAACCAUCGGCUCAGGAGGCUUUGCUAAAGUCAAGCUGGGUCGACACAUCCUGACCGGGGAGAAGGUUGCCAUCAAAAUCAUGAACAAGAAAGACCUAGGGGAUGACCUGCCCCGUGUGAAAGUGGAGAUCGAGGCCAUGAAGAAUCUGAGUCACCAGCAUGUGUGUCGUCUGUACCAGGUCAUAGAGACGUCCACCCAGAUCUUCAUGAUAAUAGAGUACUGUCCAGGUGGUGAGUUGUUUGAUUACAUCAUAGCAAAGGAUCGUCUGUCAGAGGAGGAGACCAGGGUUUUUUUCAGACAGAUCGUAUCAGCGAUGGCGUAUGUCCACAGUCAGGGAUAUGCUCAUAGAGAUUUAAAACCGGAAAACCUGCUGAUUGAUGAAGACCACAACUUAAAACUCAUAGAUUUUGGCUUGUGUGCCAAACCCAAGGGAGGUCUGGGUUAUGAGUUAAUGACUUGUUGUGGAAGCCCUGCGUAUGCUGCUCCUGAACUCAUCCAGGGAAAAGCAUACAUUGGUUCAGAGGCCGAUGUUUGGAGCAUGGGAGUGCUGCUGUUCGCCCUGCUCUGCGGCUAUCUGCCCUUUGAUGAUGAAAACUGCAUGGUCCUCUACAGGAAGAUUACAAGAGGUAAAUAUGAUAAUCCACACUGGCUUUCUCCUGGUAGUAUCCUCCUCCUCAAUCAGAUGAUGCAGGUGGACCCCAAGCGGCGUCUUUGUGUUCGGCAGCUGCUGAACCAUCCCUGGGUGAUGAAGGACUACAACAGUCCCGUGGAAUGGUACAGCAGGCAGCCGCUUGGCUAUAUAGAUGACGAUUGUAUCACUGAGAUGGCUGUCAACUUUAAACGAUCAAGGCAGAGCACCACAGAGAUAGUCAAGGAGUGGCGGUAUGAUCAUGUCACAGCCACCUACCUGCUCCUGCUGUCAAAGAAGCAGAGAGGGAAGCCGGUCCGCCUACGCCCUGAACCUCUUGCCUGUGAGGACUCGCACUCUCCCCUGCAUCAGGGACUGCAGACCCGGGACGCCCUUCACUUCAGUGAGGAUGAAGAUGCUGUGAUUGUGGGAUCUCUUGACUUGUGCUCAGAGUACAUGGAUGACUGUCCAUGGGCUUCAGUCACACAACAUACACCCCAGAGGGUCAGAGGCCAACCAGAUGGAACAAACAACAGAGACACGAGGCUUACAUCUCCAUUAGUGGAAAAAAACUCAGUUUACAGCCCGACCCCGGAGAGAAGGCGGAAAGCUACGCCACAUCGCCAGGAGCGGAACGAUAUAGACCAAGAGCCGACCAGUGAGAAGAAGGAGAAUGUUCAAGAGAAAGACGCUGACAUGUUUGUUCUGCCUCCGCCGCGAACUCCAGCUUCCAGUAAGAAGAAGUAUGGUCGUCCCACCAAGAAUGUCUUAACCACACCCAAUCAAAAUGCUAAUGCUGGUGGCGGCAAAAGCAGUGCAAUCACACCUAAAGGUGGAGACUCUGCCUCUAAAGAGCCCGGUAAAAAGAGAACAGCGGAGAACAAGGAGCCUGCCAACCUUGAAAUUCUGACCUUCAGUCCUGAGAGAAGGUCCAGGUCUUUGGACAUGGCUGCUACUGGGGACAGUGGGAAGAAAAAGAGAAGCAGAAAGAUGUUCGGCUCUCUGGAGAAGGGCCUGGACAAGGUGAUCACUAUGCUCACUCCCAGCAAGAGGCGAGCUCUGCGCGAUGGCCCACGCAAGAUCAAGGCUCAAUAUAAUGUGACUCUGACUAGUCAGACGAACCCGGACCAGGUGCUUAACCAGAUUCUCUCCAUUCUGCCAGAAAAGAACAUCGACUUUACACAGAAAGGAUACACCCUCAAGUGUCGGACCUGGGGGGAUUUUGGUAAGGAGACCAUGGCAUUUGAGCUGGAGGUAUGUAUGCUCCAGAGGCCAGAGGUGGUCGGGGUUCGCCGCCAGAGGCUAAAGGGUGACGCCUGGGUCUACAAGCACCUGGUGGAAGACCUCCUCUCCACAUCCAAGAUCUAAAUACUGCACUUUUCGUCUCAGCAAUGCACACGGCUGCAUCAGAAAAUAAAGUAUGAUGGGUUAGAACGGAUAGUGUCAUAGACUUAAAGAGCAGUGUUGCUUUUAUUAAUAUUUCAAGUUCUUCUUAGGUCAGUCUGCAAUCCCUGAAGUGCAUUACAUGGAACCUAGCAUGGCAGGUCCUCUGCUUUCUAUCUUGUCUUAUGUAGACUUUUGUAUCAUUUCAACUGUUUUCAAACCUCAUCUUUGUUCACUGUUUACAUUAUACUUUCCAAUUUUCUGUCUUGAUGUUUUUAUUGUCUUCUUUAGGUGCAGAAGCAGCACGUUAUUCAUGUGUUUACAACUUUUCACCAUAAUGUUUUAUGUCAUUGUAUGAACUGUCUGUCGUGUCUGAUGGACAUGGUGAAUUUCUGUCAUAUUGUGUCUGUAAUAAUAUUUCAUUAGUAAUAUAAAAGUAACAAAUAAAUGAUAUCUGCUAAGUGUCACUUGAUUCUGUGGUGACAGAUGAUUCCACUAAGUGCAGACACUACCUCAACAUCAAAUUCCUUUUUUUUUUUUUUAAUUCAUUUAGCAGUUUGAUGGAGCAGUGGUGUGUUUUACACUCUGUCAGCAUCCUUCUGUUCGUCUUCCUGUCUCACUCGUCUGAUGCGGAGACGGGCUGUGAUAGUUGAGCUAAGUGACAGGGUUUGUCAGCAUUUACCACCAAAACAAGUCAACAUGUCAGCUACGUGCGCCCGUCGUUUCAGACGUCUAACGAAUUCGCACGUACACGUUGAAUAGCCACAAACGGGAACAGCUGUCUUUUCAGCAUUAUUCAACACCAUUAAUGGGCAUGAAAUAUUUCGCCCUUGAUAAGUCAAACAUAUGGUCAUUGAGCUACAGGAAGUUCUACAAGGAAGAAUAAUGAAUAUGUGCUAUUGCUCCGAGUGGAUGGAGAUCAUUGUUAUUGCCUUUUGGUCGUGACAGUGCUGCAGGCGACGGGCAUCCUCCGUGGCAGGGUCUCCACUGUCUCAGCGGGGAGGGGAAGGGUAAUGAUGGGUUGAGGUGUGGGUAAGGACAGUUUAACCUUAAUAAAGUCUGAGAGGGGGUGGGGGUGGGGCAGGGAGGAAUAAUUUAAGACAGGUGUGGAGGUUGGAGAGUCGGAAGGGGUGGAGAAAAUCUCCUCCUUGGCCGGAUCAUCUGUAUUAUUCCAGUGGUGGUGGUGACUCCUGCUGAGCUUAGGUUGAAGGAUCAGAGCUGGACUCAGAGCCAGCUGUCGUGGGAGACUUUACCCUCUCUUGGUCCUUCCUGGCCCUGUUUUCUUCUUUGAACCAUUAUUACAUCAGCUGAAAUUCACGCCACUUGCUCUGGUCAAGCGAUUUGAUUCCGUAUCACAGAAUUAGUCACAGUUGGAUUUGAAGAAUUGACCAGUAAAGCUUCUGAAACCCUGCUGUGACGUGGGAUGGAAUCAUGUGACAUCUGAAGCGACUGCCAGCGUCGCUCCUCCAGUCAUAAAGGGGGCAGUGCAGCCUCUGAUUUCCCUUUUUUUAGGCCUGAAAGCCCUGUGUCUGGCAUUGCCCUGAACGGGAUUAAUGAAUGAAAGCAGGCCGUGUUUCCAGAGCAUAACGCAGCCAGUGCAGCAGCAGAGCUGAGCGGCGUGGGCCGAGAUGAGGCUUCUGCUGGCAGGCGCUCUGGUUCUCCUUUUCCUAUGGCUGUACUCGGCGCAGACGCCCCGCGGCCCCCUGGACGGACGUCCGUGUGCGGCCGCGUCUACGAGCAGGGCAGCGGCGUGGCUCCUCCUGUCGCCCCUCUCCCUGUACUCGUGGCUCGCCUCCGCGCUGCUCAGGGCCGCCCUGGCCGCCCCGGCCCUCCUGCUGAGCGCGCUGCGGCACUCGCUGCUGCUGCUGCUGGCCGGGCCCUGGUGCGCGGCCGCCGCCUGCGUCUCGGCGCUGGUGGCCUGGCUCCGCGUGGCCGUGUACCUGCUCCACGUGGCCCUGGGCUUCGCAGCGGUGGCCAUUUUGGUCCUGGCGCGCCACAAGAUGGCCGACGGCGACGGCGCCAAAAAGAGAAGGAUGCGCGGCUGUACGGAGCUCGGCCAGAAGGUUGUGCAGCAAGGCUGAUUCUGCUCCAAAAUGACAAUGUUAUUUGUUGCUUGAGUAAAAAUUGACCUAAUUUUCUA